UUGGCGCCACACCCAGCUCCCCUCACGCCUCGGCCAACCCAACCCGGGCUCUGUCGCCUUCUCGGUCCGACGAGGAGCAUCUUUUGCUAGCUCGCCGCGGGAGUCUCCGUCGCUGCCGGCUCUCUGCCCGCCCAGCCUUGGAAAUCUUUGCACAAUGCCAGUAACCCGCUCAAAAUCAGUGGGCAACACCAGUGCCCUGACUUCUCCCUUGGGCAUUGUCCGCCUGCUGGAAGCCCUUUUCACCUGUGUGGCCUUCAGCUUGGUGGUUCACCGGAAUGCCUGGUAUGGCCGCAAUGGGGACUGGUGCAUGUUCUCAUGGUGUGUCUGUUUUGCCAUCACUAUUGCCAUCUUGGUGGUCGAGUUUGCUGGCCUUCAGCAUCGCAUGCCAGUCUCUUGGAAGAACUUCCCCAUUACUUUUGCCAUGUAUGCCACACUGAUGUGUCUCUCUGCUUCCAUCAUCUACCCGGUAUCCUUCAUUCAGAAUCAGAACCUUCCUCGUGAGGAACGUGGAUACCGCAUUUCUGCCACUGUGUUUUCUUGUCUGGCCUUUCUAGCUUACCUCACCGAGGUCAGCUUAACCAAAGCUAAGCCAGGAGAAGUUACCGGCUACAUGGCGACUGUCCCAGGAUUGCUGAAGGUGGUGGAGACUUUUAUUGCCUGCAUCAUCUUUGUCUUCAUAAGUGACCCAGUUUCGUAUGACCACCCGGAAGCUCUUCAGUGGUGUAUGGCGGUCUACUGCAUCUGUUUCAUCCUCUCACUUGUGGUGAUUAUUCUCUGCAUUGGCGAAUGCACCGGCUGGUUGCCAUGUCCAUUCAACAAAUUCCUCAGUGGCUACACUUUCUUGGCUGUGCUCAUGUAUGCCACCGCCACAAUUAUUUGGCCAAUCUACAAGUUUGACAGAAAACAUGGGGGAGAGCCCUCUCGGUCCCACGACUGUGGAAGAGGCAACCUCUGUCGGUGGGACAAGCUUGUUACCAUAGCUGUUCUGACCGCUAUCAAUCUUCUGAUGUACCUGGCAGAUCUGGUGUAUUCUGCACGGCUGAUAUUCAUCCAGGGAUAGACAGUGGCUGGCAGCAAGGAGGAUCUGGGCAGCAGUGGUCCAAAAGGAAGGGAGAAGAAAGUGGAAAGAGGAGGAGUCAUGCUUCUCUCUCUCGCUUUUAUUUGUUCCUUUCUUCUGUCUCUCUCCUCUGCCUGCAAUCCCAGACUAAUUCAUUCUCUUUCUCUCUCUGCAUUCUCGCUCUCUAGCCUUCUCAGUUGCCUUGUUUCCUACCCAGGUUCAUGCUCUGUGCUUGCCACACAAUAUUCUUUUGUCCUCUCCAUCCUGAGCCCAUUGCACGCAACGGCCAGGCAAUAAUUUGUCAUAUGCAGAGCUUGAGAUAGUUCACAAAUGCUUCUGCAUAAUCAUCUUUGGCUCUUCCCAUGUAUAUAACUUCACCAGUGUAAUUGGCUGGGAGCUUCAUGAUCCAAGGCUUAGUGCUAUCAAAAGUGGUAGUGAUUGGAGUUGCAGCUGUCAGUCGAGGAAAGAAAGCAGAAAGAGGGGCGCACACUAUCAUCGAUGAGGAGAAUGCAGUGGGAUUCAUUUGUUACACUCCAGGAUAUUCCCCUGAGGGUACACUUCCUGACAUUUUCUUGUUACUUAGCUCGCACAAUGCUUUCCAUUCCCUGCCUUUGCCACCAUGGCUACACUUUAUCCAGACUACUAACUUCUUGCAUUUCUGUGUGGGUAGAAUAUGAAGCGUUCAUUCAGAGGUGUGUUCCAACAACUCCUGUCAGCCACCCGUUUUCUCAGAGGAGAGUCUGCAGCAAAUACCAGAACUUUGCUAGCAGAAAAGAAGAAUUCAGAGCAUUCUCCUUGAUGUACAUAUUUUAUUUGGCAUUUAAAAAAUUAUUCCUCUACAGUAUUUAGUGCCUUAAAAGUAUCGGGCUCCUUUUUUGUCAUCUUGCAAAAGAACUCCUUUGCUUUUGCCAAAUGUACUUGCUGUUUUCCAUUAUGAAUAUAUUCUUUGGAAAGGUAGAUGUUUACAGUAGAGCCAUUGGCUGCCUGCGUUUUCCAUUGGAAUGAAUGGGGACUGCUCAGGAGCAGUGCUAGACGGCUAGCUUACUUUGCACCUCUGUGGAGGGUUUAUUCUCCAUGGUUGCUUGGGGAGAAAUUAACUGUAAUGUCUUCACAUCUGGCUACAAACCUGCAGCCAAAAGCCACGCAAGUCCUGCAUAAUUAUUUAUGCGGGAGUUGUUGAGGCUUGCAGGAACUUAAAUCUAAUAAGGGCAGUUCCCUUUUUUGCUUUCAGAAUUCAACAAAAUAAAUUAUAUUUUGGGGACGUUACAAGGAACAUUUUUUGAUUUGGGGACAUUAAAGCCAAUUAUCUGUGACUGGCAGGCUGAAAGAUAGCACCUGCAAUGGAGCAACAUUUUAAGUAAGGGUUAUAAAUCUUUGCCUGCAACUUAAAAAACCACAACAAUGUUUUACAGAAAGGGAGUAUGAAUUGUUUUUCUUUAUAUUUAAUUUUUUUUUUAAUGUAAGACGUCCUCUGAUUUUUUUAUACUAAAAAAAGCAU